GGCAUGUGCUUGGAAUCGGGGCGCCAACCCGCCAGUUAAAAGAAGAAGAAGACCGCAGAGUCGCUUUAUCCUUCACGUGUUUCAGUGUAUAUAAUCUGUGAGAAAAGUCCGAUCAUGGCUGACUUCAGUUCUAGCUUUGAUAUGCCGUCAGCCGGUUCAUCUGAAAACGCCGAUGCCGCGGAGCUUCAGCGUCUUAUUGCUGUAGAGCAGCAGAAAGCUCAGUUUCAAGCGCAGGUUCACAACUUCACGGAUGUAUGCUGGGAUAAGUGUAUGGACAAACCAAGUAGCAAGAUGGACUCACGGACAGAGGCAUGUCUCGUUAGCUGCGUGGAGCGCUUCAUCGACACGACCCUCAGUAUCACGAACCGCUUUACGCAGAUGGUCCAGAAGGGCGCGCAUUGAUUAAAGCACGGACUGUUCUCAAGGGCACUUUACCCUUGUGUCUUGACCUGUUUGCUACCCUGUUGUACGUCGAAGUGAUGGUUUUACUGUUCUUUCUAUAUGCUCUUUUAUAUGCGUGAUCCUAAAUUGUCCCCAAGACCACCAGCCUAUAUUAUAUUUAUGACGUAUGUUAUUACACUUGAGAAGAGAGCACAGGGAUUUGCAACAGUGCUGAUAAAAAAUGUACUUGUGUCAAUACACCUAGUUUAAUUUGCAUAGUACACGUCCUUAAAUCUAUGCAGGAUGUGUACCUGACCUUGCAUGUGAAAUUACUCAGUUUGAGAAUAUUUAGUGAAUAAAAAUGAAUUACUUUUUCUUUAGCAGUUUACCCGGCUUAUGAAUGCACUUGUAGGGAAUCUAGAGGUCUGUUUUUCUGCACAGAUGUCAUCAUACUGAAAUCAUGUCAUAAAUCUGAAAUGUGAUCAACA